AUGACCUCCACCCUCAUCGCUGUGCUUUUCAUUGGGGCCUUCCCCAAACCCACCCUCUGGGCUGAGCCAGGCCCUGUGAUCCCCCGGGGAAAGCCCCUGACCAUCUCCUGUCAGGGGACCCCAGAGGCUGAGGAGUACAGUCUGGAUAAAGAGGGAAUCACAGCACCAUGGAAAAGAGAGAAGCCACUGAAGCCUGGGGACAAGGUGAAGUUCUCCAUCCCACACAUGACAGAGCUUAAUGUUGGGAUAUUUCGCUGUUACUCUCUCAGCCCUGAUGGCUGGUCAGAGCCCAGUGACCCCCUGGAACUGGUGGUGACAGGAUUCUACCGCAAACCCAGCCUCUCAGCACUGCCCAGCGCUGUUGUGACCUCAGGAGGGAACAACGUGAUGCUGCUGUGUCAGUCACAGAGCUCAAGGGACAGGUUCCUUCUCUCCAAGGAGGGGGCCCCCGAAGCCCCGCUGAUUCUCAGAUCAAAGAACCAAGCUCAGCAGUACCAGGCAGAGUUCUCCAUGGGCCCUGUGACCUCAGUCCACAGAGGCACCUACAGGUGCUACAGCGCACACAGCUCCUCCCCUUACCUGCUGUCACUCUCCAGUGAGCCUCUGGAGUUCCUGGUGUCAGGUGAGGGGAAGGGACCCUGGACUCACAGACACAACACAAUGGGUGGCCGCAGGCCCUCUUCCCUGUGGACCUCGUGA